UUAAACCUAGUUAUAAAGUAGUAGCAGCCGUUGUUGUGCAUGUCUUUGAAAGCUUGAGUCGUCGGAGGCCAAAUCAUCAGAUUAAGCUCCCACAAAACCCUAGUCUCUCACCACUUCUUCGUUUCGCGGAAGCCAUGUCAAGGAGAAAGGUUAGGGAGCCCAAGGAGGAGGCUACUACCCUUGGACCUGCUGUUCGAGAGGGCGAGUAUGUUUUUGGAGUGGCUCACAUUUUUGCUUCGUUUAACGACACAUUUAUUCAUGUGACUGAUUUGUCUGGAAGAGAAACAAUGGUUCGCAUUACUGGUGGUAUGAAGGUGAAGGCUGAUAGAGAUGAGUCCUCUCCAUAUGCUGCCAUGCUUGCGGCCCAAGAUGUUUCCCAACGCUGCAAGGAGUUGGGUAUUACUGCCCUUCAUAUAAAGCUAAGAGCAACAGGAGGGAACAAGACUAAGACGCCUGGUCCUGGUGCACAGUCGGCACUUAGAGCCCUUGCUCGAUCAGGCAUGAAAAUUGGACGCAUAGAGGAUGUUACCCCCAUUCCCACCGACAGUACUCGUAGAAAGGGUGGUAGGCGAGGAAGAAGGCUGUGA